AUGGAGAAAGCACGCAUCGACAACCUGGCACUAUGGGCGGAGAGACUCUCCUUCACUCCAGCCAUCACACAAGACCGGAAGACACGCCUUCCGACCUUUUCUAACCUCCCCAGAGAGAUGAAAGAAUUGAUCUGGGAACUCACUAUAGAGCCAAGAGUCAUCUCAAUCUAUGCAUUUGACGAAAGCCGCGGCAAAUUCGGAGGCAAUGCCCCCAUCCCAUCCACCCUCUCCGUAUCCCGCGAAUGGAGACGCUACUUCAUGACCCUCCACCCGCUCUGUUUCGGCUCAAACAACCAUGCACCAAAGAUCCGCUUCAACGGAGCCGUCGACUCCAUCUUCAUCAAUGAAGAACGGUGCUUGUUUAACGCUUCUUAUUUCUUCUACUUCUGUAUGUCGAAGAAGGAAGCUGCUACUGUUCGAUAUCUUGUGUUUGACGAACAUUUCAAGACUGGGAAUGGCUGGGAAACAUGUAUCCAAGAAGAAGUCAUAGCGAAUCUAACGGCGCUGGAGCAUCUGACGGUCAUUGGCGAUACGUGGUGCAAAAAGCUAACCGACGAGAAAUCUGAUGAAUGGGAAGUACACGACGGAUGCCGAAAAUGCGAAAUCACCGAUGGUAGCUGGAUGGAACCAACGGAUACGGAUGAUUGUAUCCCUUUCAAAUUCCUGGUUGGUGCUUGGAAGUUGUUCCGCACGUUGCCGCGUGAGAAGUUGCGCUUUGGUUAUGCAGGUAUACCGGAUGAGCACUAUAUUAAUCCUGAAGGACGCUGGGAAUAUUAGCAGCAAAAGCAAAAUCCUAUCUAUGUAUCAACCG